GCCUCAGACUCCACGGGCCGGCCACGGGUGGGGGCAGCAGGGAGGCACGGGCUUGGCGCCUGCGCAGUCGCCGGGGCGCUGGUGUGAUCGAGCUCACGUAGCGAGGGCUGCAGUCGCCUCCUCCCUGGCGCUGCCAUCGCGGCCUAGAGGUUAUAAAAGGGCUAACGGGCUCCCUCUGCUGCCCAGUCGCGCCGCCAGCGGGCUGAGGGUAGGAAGUAGCCGCUCCGAGUGGAGGCGACUGGGGACUGAAGAGCGCGCCGCCCUCUCGUCCCACUUUCCAGAUGGAGUCUCGCUCUGUUGCCCAGGCUGGAGUGCAGUGGCACAAUCUCAGCUCACUGCAACCUGCACCUCCCGAGUUCAAGUGAUUCUCCUGCCUCAGCCUCCCGAGUAGCUGGGACUACAGGUGUGUGAUCCUAUAAAAUUAAGUCUUCCAAGAUGAUCUGGUAUAUAUUAAUUAUAGGAAUUCUGCUUCCCCAGUCUUUGGCUCAUCCAGGCUUUUUUACUUCAAUUGGUCAGAUGACUGAUUUGAUCCAUACUGAGAAAGAUCUGGUGACUUCUCUGAAAGAUUAUAUUAAGGCAGAAGAGGACAAGUUAGAACAAAUAAAAAAAUGGGCAGAGAAGUUAGAUCGGCUAACUAGUACAGCGACAAAAGAUCCAGAAGGAUUUGUUGGGCAUCCAGUAAAUGCAUUCAAAUUAAUGAAACGUCUGAAUACUGAGUGGAGUGAGUUGGAGAAUCUGGUCCUUAAGGAUAUGUCAGAUGGCUUUAUCUCUAACCUAACCAUUCAGAGACAGUACUUUCCUAAUGAUGAAGAUCAGGUUGGGGCAGCCAAAGCUCUGUUACGUCUCCAGGAUACCUACAAUUUGGAUACAGAUACCAUCUCAAAGGGUAAUCUUCCAGGAGUGAAACACAAAUCUUUUCUAACGGCUGAGGACUGCUUUGAGUUGGGCAAAGUGGCCUAUACAGAAGCAGAUUAUUACCAUACGGAACUGUGGAUGGAACAAGCCCUAAGGCAACUGGAUGAAGGCGAGAUUUCUACCAUAGAUAAAGUCUCUGUUCUAGAUUAUUUGAGCUAUGCGGUAUAUCAGCAGGGAGACCUGGAUAAGGCACUUUUGCUCACAAAGAAGCUUCUUGAACUAGAUCCUGAACAUCAGAGAGCUAACGGUAACUUAAAAUAUUUUGAGUAUAUAAUGGCUAAAGAAAAAGAUGUCAAUAAGUCUGCUUCAGAUGACCAAUCUGAUCAGAAAACUACACCAAAGAAAAAAGGGGUUGCUGUGGAUUACCUGCCAGAGAGACAGAAGUACGAAAUGCUGUGCCGUGGGGAGGGUAUCAAAAUGACCCCUCGGAGACAGAAAAAACUCUUUUGCCGCUACCAUGAUGGAAACCGUAAUCCUAAAUUUAUUCUGGCUCCAGCUAAACAGGAGGAUGAAUGGGAUAAGCCUCGUAUUAUUCGCUUCCAUGAUAUUAUUUCUGAUGCAGAAAUUGAAAUCGUCAAAGACCUAGCAAAACCAAGGCUGAGGCGAGCCACCAUUUCAAACCCAAUAACAGGAGACUUGGAGACGGUACAUUACAGAAUUAGCAAAAGUGCCUGGCUCUCUGGCUAUGAAAAUCCUGUGGUGUCUCGAAUUAAUAUGAGAAUACAAGAUCUAACAGGACUAGAUGUUUCCACAGCAGAGGAAUUACAGGUAGCAAAUUAUGGAGUUGGAGGACAGUAUGAACCCCAUUUUGACUUUGCACGGAAAGAUGAGCCAGAUGCUUUCAAAGAGCUGGGGACAGGAAAUAGAAUUGCUACAUGGCUGUUUUAUAUGAGUGAUGUAUCUGCAGGAGGAGCCACUGUUUUUCCUGAAGUUGGAGCUAGUGUUUGGCCCAAAAAAGGAACUGCUGUUUUCUGGUAUAAUCUGUUUGCCAGUGGAGAAGGAGAUUAUAGUACACGGCAUGCAGCCUGUCCAGUGCUAGUUGGCAACAAAUGGGUAUCCAAUAAAUGGCUCCAUGAACGUGGACAAGAAUUUCGAAGACCUUGUACCUUGUCAGAAUUGGAAUGACAAACAGGCUUCCCUCUUUCUCCUAUUGUUGUACUCUUGUGUGUCUGAUAUACACAUUUCCUAGUCUUAACUUUCAGGAGUUUACAAUUGACUAACACUCCAUGAUUGAUUCAGUCAUGAACCUCAUCCCAUGUUUCAUCUGUGGACAAUUGCUUACUUUGUGGAUUCUUUUAAAAGUAACACAAAAUCAUCAUAUUGCAUAUGUAAAACCUUAAAGUUCUGUUGGUAUCACAGAAGACAAGGCAGAGUUUAAAGUGAGGAAUUUUAUAUUUAAAGAACUUUUUGGUUGGAUAAAAACAUAAUUUGAGCAUCCAAUUUUAGUAUUUCACUACAUCUCAGUUGGUGGGUGUUAAGCUAGAAUGGGCCGUGUGAUAGGAAACAAAUGCCUUACAGAUGUGUCUAGGUGUUCUGUUUACCUAGUGUCUUACUCUGUUUUCUGGAUCUGAAGACUAGUAAUAAACUAGGACACUAACUGGGUUCCAUGUGAUGUUUGCCCUUUCAUAUGAUCUUCUAAGUUGAUUUUUUUCCUCCCAAGUCCUUUUUAAAGAAAGUAUACUGUAUUUUACCAACCCCCUCUCUUUUCUCUUAGCUCUUCUGUGGUGAAUUAAACCUACUUGAGUUAAAA